AUGACGCCCAGCGCUUACGAUGCGCUUAGCAGCAUUCGGACCAUCAUAAAGCGCAAGGCCUUGAAGGACAUUUCCAUCUGGGUUGACGCCAAUUGUAUCAAUCAAGACAACGUCACAGAGCGUAAUGAACAGGUGGGCCAGAUGGGCCGCAUAUACAGAAGUACAAAGGUUCUCAUAUACCUCGGACCAGAGACUGCGCCUGCAGGCAAUGAGCUUCCUACUGUCACUUCAGCUGCGAGUGUCGAACGUAACACGACGCCGACUCCCCCAGACGCAUUAUUACACAGCCGCUCUGAGGCAGCUGUAUAG